GUCCUCUCACACACUGUUGCUAAGGAAAUGGAUGGCUUGAAUGGAUCCGUGUUCCGGGCUGAAAUCUCCUCCUCGCCCCCUCACCAGCCUACUGUCUUUCAGUGUUUGACUGUGUGUGUUUACAGGAAUCACUGCGAACAACGUGACGCCUCAGCGCCAGCUCUGCACCAGCCAGGUCCAGUGGAGCUGCAGCUGAAGAACUGAGGAACCGGGGAUCUGACUGGCAGCUGGCACAUCACCAAGGGAGGGGAGAGAGGCGGCUGGGCAGUGGGGUUGACGAGCCUGGCUGGCGCUGGGUGAAUGCUGCCAGGCGAGGACAAGGGCUGAGGCGGCAGCAGCAUCGACUUUUAAAAGGAGCAUGGCAUCCACGGGCAUGCAGAUAUUUGGAUUUGUCUUAGCGCUGUUGGGCAUCAUGGGUGCUAUGGUGGCCACUGUGCUGCCCAACUGGAAGGUCAGCGCGGAUGUGGGCUCCAACAUCAUUACAGCAAUCUCCCAGAUGCAGGGACUGUGGAUGGACUGCACAUGGUAUAGCACAGGCAUGUUCAGUUGCACACUUAAGUAUUCGGUGCUCUCACUACCUGCGUACUUGCAGACUGCACGCACCACCAUGGUGCUGUGCUGCGUACUGGCUGCCAUGGGCCUCUGCCUUGCAUCGCUGGGACUAAAAUGCACACGAUGGGGGGGUGGACGGCGCUCCAAGCGGCACGCUGCAAUUGCCAGUGGUGGCUGCUUUGUCGCAGCAGGCUUUCUGUGUCUGGUGCCUGCUUCCUGGUUUACCAACGAGGUAAUCACCAACUUCCUGGACUCCAGUGUGCCCGAAAGCAAUAAGUUUGAGCCUGGGGGUGCUGUGUAUGUUGCCUUUGUUUCAGCAGGAUUCCUCUUCGUUGGGGGGUCCAUCUUCUGUAUGUCCUGCUCAGGGAAGAGGCAUGGCCCCCAGGACCUGGUCCUGCUCCCUCCCCCUGACAAAUUGCUGCUCCAGCAGCAGCAGCAACAGCUGCUCCAGCAGCAGCAGGAGCUCCAGCACCAGUACUGCUCUCUCUCCCCAUUAGACAAUAAGACUGGCUACAGCCUCCAGGACUAUGUGUAAUAAAACAGUGCUGUGUACGCUACAGCUAAAGGGAGAUGAGCCUGAGGGGAGACCAUCAUGGCUUCUGCUACACACUGGGCUCUACUCUAGAUAGAGGUGGAGAAAAAAUGAGGGAGGAGGGCAACAACUUUGAAUUCAUUUUCCCAUUCUCCUCUAUCUGGCGCUUCUCCUUUUUUCUGUUUUGCAAGCACAAGCAGUGGAGGUAUUCCCUAAGCAGCGCCUUGGAACAAACAGUGUGAAUGUGUAAGGAGCUAGGAUAAGGUGCUGCAGAAUCGAAGGAAGCCGCUAACCAAAUGCAGACAUCCUUCAUCAGUAAAUCACAGAAAGAGUUCCCUGGGGAACGGAUUAAGCAAAUAAGGAAGGCUUCCGAAUAGAUUUUUUUUCAUCGCCAAAGGUUUGAAUUGAAAGAAAAAAAAGCAAUCAUUUAGCUGCUAUUUACAAUCGUUUGGUACACUCCCAUUUGACAAAAUAGGCAACAUAAUGCCUGAGAGCAGUAGGUGGAAGUCCUCUCAUAGCAAGCCAUUGUAGUUUUUCGUAUUCUUAUCCACUAGAAUGCUACGUGGAAUUGAUUGAAAUAAAUGGUCUUAUUUUUGUUAGCUACUAGAAUGAUGUUGAUAUUUUGCCUCUAAAGCAUGCUGUGUGGAGCCUGUCUGUGUAUUAAUACAGCGGAAUGCUUGGUAGAAGACUGAGACAUAGCCACACAAUGCCUGUGCCUGAAAAGCUGUAGAAACAUUACCCUGCUGUAACUGUUCAAAGAGGACUGUCAGGAGGAAUAGAUGUGGGCUGCUGGGCUGGAUUUGAGACUGAAAAUUCAGACAAACAGAUGCCUGCUUCUCUCUCUGCAGGUGGAAAUAUGAGAGAGAUGGAGAGAAAAUUGAUAGAUUCAAUCCUUCAGCAGAGUGGACUAUCUGAUGUGCUGUUUUCAUAUUUUCAUCCAGACAAUAACAUUCUGCCUGUAAGUAGCAGCUACCCAUCCCAAUCCAUUCCUGCACGCCCUCAGACAUGCACACCCACACACUUACACAUGCUCUUGUGUGUCUUCGUGUACAGAGUAAACACUCAGACACGCCGGCUUUUUGCAUGUGCUUUUCACUCCUGUCAUCCUCCUCCACACUGCCAUGGAAACAGAAUUCGGCAUUCAAAUAUCUUUAUUGUCUGAGGGUACGUGCAUGUCAGUCAGUGAUUUUAAAUUGUUUUGUGUGUGUGUGUGUGGGGGGGGGGGGGGCGGGGGCGUCUCUUUCUCUCGCCAUGGUUCCAAAAGCUUUAAUCAGAGCCUCUGCUCACACUACUUUCACUAAUCCCCUUUAUUAGCCAGUGACAUGAAGCAGCAUCCCUGUUACGUGGUCAGAGAGCUUUGGAAAAUGCUCUUUUUUUGCUGCCCACUGUUAUGGUGUUUAUACCAUGCAAGUAGUCUCACAGGGGCGAGCAGCUGUUUAAUGGUGCGGUGGCAGAGAGGCAAAAAUGAAGCAGAGAGGGAGAACCUCCUUGAGUCAUGGUGGACUGGGUAGCUGUGUGGCAGGCAACUAAAAAAGGUUUGAGUCAUUCUCCAUAUGUGACUUGUUUUCCAAGUGCGUCAGCAUUGCGCAUACGCUAGCAGUCUGCACCUGCAGGUCUCAGUGUCUUAAAUUGCGACCACUUGACUAUGCCACCAUUCCUCUGUUCUCUACCUGUCAGUCUAAUCUUUUUUUUACCCUCUCCCUGUCCUGCUUGUGUCACAUGUCACAUGGAUGUGAUCGCUGACAAGUGAACGCUGAUGCAUGUUGAAAGCAUGGCUGCCCAACACACAUACACGCAAGGCACACAUAAACAAAACUCCCACCUAACUCAUAUGUCAGCAGCACUGUUACGCUUUUAAACGCUCAUGUUCCAGAGUGUGUCUACUUUUUUCUGAGGGAAGGAUAUCGGAGGAAUAUUGUUUUCAUGCUCGAGACAGGCCUUGGCAGUGAUGUAUAGGAGUGCACAUUCCCUCCUUCUCUCUCAUAAACAUGCAGCUUCCUGGGGGAGAGCAGAUGGCCAAGUCCAGCUCGCCACCUGCAGGCUGCUGCCGGCACGCCAUGGGCAUCUCUGUGGGCACUACUGCCGGUACUGGCAGCCCUCUGGGGUCAGCUUUCUACCCCACCCUGAGUUAGCCAUCUUGCUCAGCACAGACUUUAGCCAACAGAACUGGCCUCCUGACAAAGACUCACUGCCCAGGCACCAUAACCAAUGCAAUAAACAAAGUAAAGAAUGUGCCAUGUCAUCAACUAAUACUGACACGAUGUGUUUCGAGAAUGUGCCAAAUCGUCUCAUGAUGACACGUUUUAAUACUAUCUGGAGUUCUUUCUGUUUAUUUUUUUAUUGCGUUGUUUGUACAUGAAUUAUACAUUAACAAAUGUUUUAUGGAUUUGUGAUUUGUUCUGCCAGACUAAGUCUCAAGUCGACUAGAUGCUUGUGUACAGUCCAGUGCAGCUUUCGAGGGUUAUUUUAAAUCCUCUUUAUUCCUCAUUUCUCAAAGCACAGCAAGACUUCACUGGGCAUGAGAGUUUCAUUGGGAAGACAUGAGUGUGGUAUUUUAUAAAUGAAAGAAAAAAAUGCAUUGGUGUCAGAAAUUCUGGUUCACUGUAGGUCGGUGACAACUGAACACAAGUAUCUAAGUUUUUAAAGGUGUUUGUUUUUACUGAGGGAUCAGAAUCCCCUCAGAUUGUUUCAAUAUAGGAUACAAUACCAUGUUCAUACCAUAUCUUCUUUAUAAGAAGACUACUCAGUGCACCUUUACUUGUGUUACUUUAUUUGACAGCAGUUUGAUUCAAAUGGCUGAGCAAUCCAAGCUCCCUGGACCAGGACAAAUACAUAACACAACUGGCACUCUGGAAAAAAAAAAAAAAAAAAAGGGAACGAUUUCUGCCUGAUAAGAUUCAGCGGGGAAAUAGGAGUUACACGAUUUCUCUUUUUUUGUGGCUGUGUAGCUUGAUCAUCAGCACGCAAUUUCAUUAGCUUAUAAAUGGCCAGAGUGCAAAGUGACUAGGUCCUAAAAGUCUAAAGAGUUACAACUCUCCUGCAUAUACUGUAACAAACAUUGAUUUAUCAUUUUGAUAACCGCAGCUUAUUUUUGUGGAUGCUUUAGCACUUCUUACUUUGCCAGAGCAUAUUUGUGAUGAUGAACAGUUCACAAGUUCUGAUACAGUUGUCUCAAUGUGCUUGUGCGAGUAGUUCUAUUUUUUACCAAUAAAACUAUUUUGUGAAAGCAA